AUGCUCCUUCGAGCCAAUGAACACAAACAGAUGGUGUGGAAGAAUGGAGGUGGAAUUACCAGUGAGAUUGCUCGUGCACCGAACAAUGAACAAGAAGAAUUUGAUUGGCGAUUAAGUAUAGCACAAGUGAAACCUCCCGGUGGUCCUUUUUCUAUUUUUCCUGACAUCGAUCGAACUCUAUGUGUUAUCAGUCAGCACGAACUUGAUCUGAUGUUCAAUAAUAACUGCAAUGAUAUGAUUCAUCUCAAUCAAGAUUCGUUGCCUUAUUCAUUUCCUGGUGAAUUAUCUAUCACUUGUCAAUUACACGGUGAAACAUUGACCGAUUUUAAUGUGAUGACACGACGUACUAAAUUUCACCAUGAUGUUGAACGUGUCAAAAUGAAAUCUAGACAAGAAACAACGAUCAAUGUUUUGGAUAACAGCAACGAAAUUGUAUUUGUCGUCGUUGGUCAAGGACAGGUGAUGACGAACAAUGGAAUUCAAAUGACAAAACAUGAUGCACUUCGAAUCGAUCAACAUCCGUUGAACAUACAGAUUUCUGCUGUCACCGAUAACACUCAACUCUAUAUAGUUCGACUCAAUCCGAUUCCCUCAAAAGAAAAAUAA